AUGAGCGACUCACCAUUCCGCACCGUAACCAUUGUUGGAGCCACUGGCACAUUAGGUUAUCACAUCGCUGACGCCUUUUUGAAUAAUGGAUCUUAUAAUGUGAAAGUUCUUCGAAGAAAGCCGGAAAACGUAAAUGCGAAUGCUAGUUCAUUAGCCGAAAGGGGUGCAGAAAUCGUAUAUGCGGAUUACGAUCAAAUGGAUGACCUUGUUAAAGCCCUUAGAGGAACCGAUGUUUUAGUCAGUACCGUAAAUGCUAGUGAUGAUGUUAGCUUUUACGAAACUCAAUUACCACUGUUGAUUGCGGCAAAAGAAGCCGGUGUAAAGAGAUUCAUCCCGUCUGAAUUUGGUGGCGAGUUUCAGGGUUCAUCUCAUCCGUUUUCGGAUAGCAAAGCAAAAUUCCGAGCAGAAGUUGAAAAAAGUGGACUUGAAUAUACGUUCAUUUUCACCGGACUAUUCUAUGAAUUUCUUGGCUGGAUAGGGUUUGACGUUAAAAAGAAGAAAUCCACAUUCUACACGGAUCCCAACUUAAAAAUUUCUACAACUUCUUUACAUGACAUUGGUAAAUAUACUGUUGAGUCACUUAAAAUCCCAGAGGCUCGUAACGCUCGCAUCAGAGUUGCUGGCGCCACCUUUUCAUUCAAUGAGUUGCUUAAAAAGUUUGAAGCAGCUUCUGGCUCCAAGUGGGAAGUUGUUGAAGAUAGGGAAGUACGAAAACGUUUCCGAGAAAAGAUUGAUCCAGUUCCCUUACCUCAUGAGGAUAUGGCAGCCUUUAUUUGCGAAAACACGCUAUUCGCAAAUACAGAUAACGAUAAAUUCAGCUUCACUCCUAGUUCUAUUAAUGAUGCAAUCGAAGCAUUAGUGAAGGGUGCUUAG